UUUUAAACAGUUUGUGAUAGCAACAAGGAAGUGAAGCAUUCGGAUCACUGUCUUUGAAUGAUGCAUAUGUCGGGCACAUUCGUUCUUCUCUCGAUACUAACCAUUUCAAACCACGUGUUCGCCAACAGUAAUGCCACGUUACAAACGACAACAACUCGAAACUCCACAAAGCUGCGCGAAUUUGUGGUCGGUGGCGGCGAUGCAGGUUCUACACCGUACCAGGCGUCACUCCAGCAAGGUGGCAGCCACUUCUGCGGGGGAGCAAUCAUCGAACGCCGCUGGGUUCUAACGGCAGCCCACUGUCUUAUGGACAUCAGUCCCAGCGUAACGACGGUGGUUGUGGGAACGACUCAGCUCAGCAGGGGAGGUUACCGAUUUCGUGUGGGACGAUUCGUAAUUCAUCCACGGUAUGAUCGUUCCAGAGCUGCAAACGAUAUUGCAUUGGUGCAGAUUAGAGGAAUUUUUCUUUGGAUUUCAAAUCGGGUGGCUAAAAUUGAUCUUGGUCGGGUUUACGUUGCGGCUGGAACGGAAGCUACGAUCACCGGUUGGGGCGGUACUCGACAAAGUGGUGGUUCACUGUCGAACAAGCUGCAGUACGCUCGCCUUCGGGUGAUUGGCGAACAACAGUGCCGCUCGCUGUUGCCCAACAUAGGGGACUGGAUUGUGUGUACUUUCACUCGCGAGGGACAAGGUAUAUGUGGGGGUGACUCCGGUAGUCCUCUGGUGCAUGAUGGGAAGGUGAUCGGUAUCGCAAGCUUUGGUGUGGGAUAUCUACCGGGUGAAGGUUGCGCGGCCGGACUCCCGGAUGGUUUCGCAAGAGUUUCACAUUUCUACAGCUGGAUCCAGGCCAUCACGCAAAGUCGAAAGAUUUGGACUUUCGAUUGGUGAUUUGAGAUAACAAUGAACGUGAAUAUUGGUUUGUAUUACCUAUAUAUUAGAUAUUAAAUCCUAGACUGCGGGGACAUAAUAAACUUCAAUUUCAAGAAAAUGUCA